AUGGAGACUACUGUACCGCCCUCUAUCGCGACUACAGAAGAGACAACCUCAUCUACCUCCUCGAGCACCACUGAAGCCCCCACAGAUGGACCUCAUGCAACAUUUCUUUACCCGACCGGGCUGGCGACCAUAAAUAAUAUCGAUACAGUGCAGGUUACAUAUGACACAGUAUGGAAGAAUGCCAACCUCACCCUACUGUGUGGGAUCAAUGAAGAAUCGAACGAAUGGGCGAUGGCUACGAUGAACUUCCUCCAGCCAGAUGGCACUUACGCCAUUGCACCCAUCCAAGCCGGGAUGGACAUUCCGCAAUUCCCUGUGUAUUGUUAUAUGAUGCUUUACGAUUCCUACAAUGGCACAGAUAGUACCACCGGGGGAAGCUUCACCAUGGCCUGCACCACCGGCCCCGCCUCAAUAUAUGCCAUGACUGUUACAACUCCUGCUCCCACUUCCCGAAAGCCCACUUCGAACAGUGAUGCCGGGACGCCGACACCGACACCGACACAGAGCCAGACUGACUCUGCACGGACGACCGUCCUGACUGGAGCGGCUGCAGUCUCCUCGUCAACUGGGUCUGCACCGACGGAGACCGCCAUAUCAUCAACACCCUCUUCGAGUGGCUUGAGCGGUGGUGCAAAGGCUGGCAUUGCUGUCGGCGUCAUCAUCGGCGUCUGUGCAUUAGUCGCAGCUGUCCUCCUCUUCCUCCGAACAAGGCGACGACAGGCAGGCGGGACAGGGAAUAUGGUGAAGGUACCAAGCACCGCAUCGGCUGAGAGGGUCGCUUUAGCAGAGAAGCCUGCCGGAGCGGCGGCGGCGGCGGCAGCACCUACCACUGUCGAAGUUCCUGAACCCCCUGUUCUGAAAGCACCUGCGAAUCACCGAAACUCGGAGGAUUGGAGACGGUUUUUUGGUAAUGGCACGAAUCCGAAAUCCGAAGUCUCAUCGUGA